UCGUCUCCGCGCCCGUCCCGCUCGCCAUCCGGUCGCCGUCCCCCGAUGACGGCGUUCCUCCCACUGGACGCGGCCGCCCCCUUACCGUCGUCACCAUCGUUUCUGGUGCCCUCAGCUGACUCCGCUAGCCAUGUCAAGCGGGUCAUCAAGACCAUCCUCAAGGCGCGCCGUAUCGCAGUCGUAUGCGGUGCGGGAAUCUCGGUCCAAGCGGGGAUCCCAGAUUUUAGGUCGUCAGAGGGACUUUUCCAGUCCCUCAAGAAAGACCACCCGACGUUGAGCUCUGGGAAAGACUUGUUCGACGCCUCCGUCUUCAACUCGGAAGACACAACAUCACUCUUCUGUCAAAUGAUCGCCCAACUAUCUCAGAUGUCGGAGUCGGCGGAACCCACUCCAUUUCAUCGAUUCCUCCGUGUUCUCGACGAGCGCAGGCGGCUCCUCCGGGUUUACACGCAGAACAUUGACGCGCUAGAAGAGAAGUCGGGCCUAUCUUUCGGCGUCCCGGAACUCGACUGCAAGCGAUACAAGCCCCGCCCUGCCAAAGGAAAGGCAAAUACUGCUCUUGUCGACCCACCUGAAGAGCCAGUCGCAGGCCGGCUACCAUCUCCGCCGGCGGAAACGCCCCGAUGCAUCCCUCUCCAUGGCACCCUCCAAAUGAUGCACUGUCAGACGUGCAGACAUUCAUACCCUCUACGCGACUACAUUGGGCCUUUGGCGUCUGGUACUCCCCCACCAUGUCCACAGUGCACGGCCCUAGAAGAAACACGGCAGCUUGUGGGCAAGCGGUCCCGUGGGGUCGGGCGACUGCGCCCGAGUGUCGUCUUGUAUAACGAAGACCACAAGGACGGCGAAGAGGUGGGUAACGUCGUGCGGAAGGAUCUGAUCGGCAGCUCGAAGGGCAAGGGCCGGGCCGGCGCAGACUUGCUUCUCGUGGUGGGCACUAGCCUGCGCGUUCCCGGCACGAAGCGCAUCGUGCGCGAGUUCUCGAAAGCCGUGCGCUCGCGGUAUGACGCGAUGAAUGCCCCGCCCGAAGAUGCCGCGACGUCCUCCCACGGCCUCGCGACUCCCACGCCGUCGCCGCGCCGCUCGCCCGCCGAGGACGAGGAGCCCCCGGUGCGGACUGUGUAUCUGAACCUCGACUUCCCGGUGCCGACAAGAGAGUGGGAGGGUGUGUUCGACGUGUGGAUACGAGGAGACGCACAGAGCUUUGCGAGGAUGGUGCACGAGGAGUUGGAGCGGGAGGAGCAGGCGAAGGAGGCGGCGCAGGAGCGGAGGCGGCGAAGGGAAGAGGCGGCAGCGGAGAUGGCAAGACAGGCUGAGGAGAAGGAGAGGGAGGAGGCCGCUCAUGCGAACCAAGAUCAGUCCCCGGUCAAGAAGGGCAAGAAGCGGAAAGAGCAGUCGCAUUCUGAGAAUGACGGACAUGGUCAUCCGACCAAGAAGCGUAAGGCAGGUGCGCCUCCGCUGUCGCCCGUUUCACCUGCGAAGAAGGCGCGGAAGACACAAGUGAAGCCGAAGCCGAAGGAGAGCAGGCCGCGGAAAGAACGGAGUGGUAGUUUGCCUACGCCUCCAUCGUCCCGCGACGAUCCGAAGCGGCUCACCAUAAAGCUACCGGCGCGCUCACAGUUUAUGGCAGGAGUCGUGAUUGAAACGUCUGUGCAGAAGCUCCCCUGUCCAUCUACCACACCAGCACCGCUAUCUUCUCCGUUGUCCUCCCCACCAACUUCAGACGACUGCGCUUCACCACCUUUAGCAGCUGCCUGUCCACCCUUCCAGACCUCCUCGCCUCUAUCCACCCCUCCGCGCUCCCGACACACAUCGUCUCCUUACAAUAUGUCCCGCAUGAGCAGCACGCUGUCGGAGAUAUCCUCGCCACUUUCGUCCCUCGGGUCGAUGCACUUUCCCUCUCCUCCCAAGAUCUCGCGGACGAUCAGCAGCACCACGCAGCAGUCGUCUCCCCUCUCCUCCGUCCCGCCCUCGCCGUACCGCGAAGACGCUCCGCCAUCCCGUAGCGGCCCCUCUCCGUACCGCGAAGACGCUCCGCCAUCCCGUAGCGGCCCCUCUCCCUACCGCAGGGACAUGUCGCCGCCCCCAACGCCCUCACCCCCACGCAGGAAGAGAGCAGUGGUUAGGACGCAAAACAUGGCCGGCGUGUAUAUGGGCCGGAGACCGGGGUCCAAACAGGCUUCUCUGACAUACGAGUACCACCUGCCCGCGCGGGAGGACGAAGACGUGGACGUGGUCGGGAUCAAUGACGAUGACACUGCGCCGCCCUCGGAGAGCCGCCUUCCGGAGUCGUACGUUCGGACUCACCAGGGAAGUGUGCGAUGACGGACACGGCACAUUUUUCGUCCGCCCGAUAGAGCCGCCGUGCACAUCCCUAUCCCCUGCCUGCAUUCUGCAUUCGUGUAUUGCGACUUGUGCGCGUGUGAUUUAUUGCUUAUUUGUACGAUACGGAGUAUGAUACGGACGAAGGCGGACGUUGCGGUCGCCGACGUACGGGCGCGUGUAUUGGACACUCCAUACAGGUGCACGCUCCGAUUAAUCUAUUUAGCUGCUCGUCCCGUUGCUUCACAGUUGUG